GUUUUGGUAACAGCACUUAACCGACCUCGUGUUUAUUUGUUUACAAACAGGAGAUAAAGAAGGCUUAUUUUUCUCUCGUAGGCGACAGAACUGUACCAACUGACGCUCAUACGCUAUCCUUGCAGGAAUGUAAGUGUCUCAUACUACAAAUUUAACAUGGUAGAACUGAGCGGUAUUGACAAAAGGGAAGAAAUGGCAGGAGGACGACGCAACACUUCCCGUGCUCCCCCUCCUAAGCCUGUGGCACUCCUGGACCAUGACUUGAAGAGGCUAGGGCAUGCAGAAGAUGGGCCUCCACUGAUGCCUAUAACACCACCAAAGCACAUGACUAUUCCGGACAUUCCCCGUAUCUCAGAAUUGGGAUUUGAGACACUAAUGUUGGUGUUUAGCCUUAUGUCCCUCGCGCUGCAGUACCUGAAUAUCUACCGCACUGUCUUUUGGCUGCCCCAUUCUCACACUAAAUAUGCUAUGAACCUGUACCUGAUUGAUGGAAGUGUAGUGUGGUUUAUUGUGGUGACACUGACCCGAAGGUGGGGUUGGAGCAUCCUCAAGUUAGUUAUUACGAGAUGCCUUCAUCAAUCUUUGUGGAAAUCGGCUCUUUCUCUUGCUCGAAUGGUGUUUGUGUUUAUUAUCUCGACACUUCUUGGCUUUUGUUUGUACACCAUCUGUGAUGCACUCACUUACAUCAAGAUUUUGGCUCUUGGAUACCCGCUUGUGUUUUAUGUCUUCAUAUUUGAUAUGGAGAUCACAUCAUUCCUAGAAGUUAUUCCAGUUCCUAUGCAUUACAAGGAGGAAGGAAUUAAAUCCAGGCAAGCUGUGCCGCGUCUUAUUCAACAUGCUUGCUUGAACAGUGCAGAAGCAGUGCGUGGAGAAGUAGAAUUUUUAACUAAUGAUUGCAACAAGCGCAUGGCUCAAGUCAUGUACCAGACUUUCGUUAUCGUUUACUACACAACUCUCAUUCCAUGUUUCUUUGUCCCUAGUCCGUUGUAUUAUGACGUGCCUUGGGUCUCAUUUCAUAUUCUGUUUGUAACGAGUACAUGUUUUAUAUGGCACCUUCUCUACUGUUACCCAGCAAGAUAUUGUGAUAUCCUUCACCGAGCAUCAAUGCAUCUUGGAGGAUGGGCUAGAGUUGAAGGGCGGUCAGCGCAUGCUCCAUAUAAUCCUUGGUCCAAUUCUGUAUUAUGGCCACAAGGAGCAUUAGUGAAACACAACCGAGAACUUUAUCGAGCAGAAGGCAUCACUAACGCUGCAGAACCUGGUAACACUACACAUGCCAGGUUACAUGCAAUCUUCUGUGACCCCUCUCGGCCAGUUUUAGUAUUGGUCUGGGUGUGUGUGUGUUGCGUUCUCCUACACUUGGUACUGCUGGCCUCUUUACAUCAAUGGCACCAGUUACUGGCAACGGCUCUCGUCUUGACAGCAUCAUAUGCGGCACUUUACUAUCUCCUCAGAGACUAUUUAGUACUCAGAAAAGUUUAUCAGCAGGAGCAACAGCUCCAAGAAAGAGUCGUUAACUAAUAUGUACUAAUAUAAUGUAGUUCGAAACCAUUUGCAAAAAAUAUUGAUAAAUAUUUAAAUGUUUUGCUUAAUUCUUUUUCCCAUUUCAGGCAUGAAAGUGAGUACUUUACUAUAAUGCAAGUACUGUACUGUAUUAACAAAAAGUGUGUUUACUGUGCAAAGGUUCAGAUUUCGGGUAAGUACAGAAUGUAAUGUCCGUCUUAUUAGUUGAUAUCAUUGGUAAAAAGGUUAUUGGAACCACUGCCAUUUGGGGAUUUCCUACAAACUGCUCAUCUCUUUAAUGAUUACCAAGAAACAUCAUUUAUUUAAAUUCUGCAUAAGGCAAAAUCUUAAGUGACGAUAAAUGAAGUAUCGAGGGUUUUAAAACCCUUGAUACAACUUGCUACUCAAUUCUGAAAAGAGUAUAAAUAGACACAGUAUUGUCUUACCCUCAUAGGCAAUUAUGUGAAAGCUUUGGCUUUCAUCUCUAAGUUCUCAGACUUACAGUAUUGAACUUUAUGCAUUGUUUAAAAAAAUAAAAAAUCUAAACUGGGAUCCUUUUGAUGCCUCUAAGUAAAAAUAAAUAUUUUUUAAGCCUGUUUUGUUAUUAGAAUACUGUAUAGAAUACUGUACUAAGGGAUUUAUGUGAUCAUGCAACCUUAAAACUGGCAAAUAAUUUAUUAAAUGCAAUGAGGGUAUUAACAGAUGAACAUUUUUAGGUAACAGAGAGAAAAAUCUAAUUUAUGUGCACUUCAUACAUAAGCAUAUAACUUAAUAACAGAACUGAGAAACAAUUGACCUCUCUGGCACAAGUUUUGGUACUGGACUAAAGUUUAAUACAAAAAGUGGGACUAUUACUUUUAAUUCUAUUCAUUUGAGUUGGAAAUUUUUGUAUAUACAAUACUGGUAUAUCAUGUUAUGUAUACCAUAUAUAAAUAUAUUAUCACCUAUAAACAUAUAUAUUUUUUUAAUUGAAAUUGUUUGAACUGUGUGUGCACACGGUCACUUUUUCUAUAAAAAUUCUGAUGAGACAUUUCAUUCUGUACUGAAAGCAGUUUCCCAUUUAGGUACUGUACUGUCAGCUUGGCAAUGACCAUAGCAAACUUCAGCAAGAAAUGUUUUUUGACAAAGCUUUCCUGGUUAAUGUAAAAGGUAAAUGUGUGAUGUUGGACAGAAUUACAAAAAUGGAACAAAGAAAACCAUAUUUAGUCGAUAUGCUAAGUAUCAAGUCAUCAAGUUUAUGUAAAUAGAAUUUAUAUAUGUAAAACUGACAUUUAAUUUAUCAUGUAGUUUAAAUCAUUAUUAAAAAUGUACAGCAGUUUAAAUACUAGAAAUUAUUUUUAUUUUAACUUUACAUAGCCAAUUAUUUUCUUAUGUUACUGCCUUAUAUUAAUGCAGGUUUUAUUUUCAGGUAGAACAUGGCCAUACAUUGUAGUGGUUAAUUUGCUUAGCCUUGCACAUCCUAUUUUUUGUCAAAAGCAGUUUACAAUGCACUGGAAAUGGCACAAUGCUCAGUUAAGUCAUUUGAAUGUUUUAAAAGGGUUGAUUUGCUUGUGUUUAACACGAGAAUCUUGGCUACACAUUUAUGUGCAGUCCCCUCAUUUGAUCUUUAGUCAGAAUGUAACAUUUAUUAAAUGUUAUGGUAGAGGUAAUGUGUGUGUAAUUAAUAUAUUUAUUCUUUACAUAGGGAAUACAUUCAUUGGACGAUUGUACUGACCUUUGGUUGUGUCAUUCUUGCCUUUAUUGUAACCGGUCAGUAAUUGAAAGUAAUUCAGAAAGUAUUGAUGGGUAUAAAGGUAGCCAUUAACAAGAUAUUUGUCUUGGUUUAUCCUUCUGUGAUGCAAAAUACUGUAGUAGUCUUAUAUAUGCAUUCUCCCUUUUGUCGUGCAUUUAGUUCCCAUUGUAAGAGCACGAGCUUUUUAUCACUUGUGAAUAGAGGGUAUGUGUACUGAAACUCUUCCUUACUGUAAUGAGCAUGUAAUCUUUAUGAAAAUUGCAAGUCCUUGGAGGUACAGCAAUGCUCUACACUGGC